AUGGAGAACAUCACGUCGGACCACUGGCGAGAGAUCGUCAACAAAAAGCUCCACUUCCCCCCGGAGCUGAUCGCUGCCAUCCACGAGGGCAACGUGAUCCUGGUGAGCCGGCUGCUGUCCACCGGCGACGGCAUCAUCCGGCAGCUGGACGACUCCGAGGACCGGCUGUGGCGCGAGGCCCUCAACCUCUCCAUCCGGCUGGGCAACGAGGAGAUGAUGACCACCCUGUUCCUGGGCGUCAAGUUCGACUUCCGCCAGAUCCACGAGGCCCUGCUGGUCGCCGUGGACACCAACCAGCCGCGCUUCGUCAAGCAGCUGCUGGACCAGCUGGACCAGGAGAAGGGCAACAAGAUGGACGUGCGCUCCUUCUCCAACGCCAUCUUCGAUCACUCGAUCGACGACUCGCAGUUCGCCCCGGGAGUGACGCCUCUCACGCUGGCCUGCCAGAAAGACCUGUACGACAUCGUCACCAUGUUGACCCAGAGGGGUCACGACAUCCCCUUGCCCCACUCCAUCUCCUGCACCUGCCUGGAGUGCCGCAACGCUCGGCAGUACGACCUGCUGAAGUUCUCCCUGUCCCGCAUCAACACCUACAGGGGCAUAGCCAGCAGAGCCUACCUGUCCGUCACCGCUCAGGACUCCAUGCUCAGCGCCUUCCACCUCAGCCGGGAGCUGCGCAGGCUCUCCAAGAAGGAGCCAGAGUUCAAGCCCCAGUACCUGGAUCUGGAGCAGCUGUGUCAGGAGUUUGCAGUGGAGCUCCUGGCCAUGUGCCGCAACCAGAGUGAGGUCACCACCAUCCUCAACAACUGCGACGGAGACAGCGAUGAGGACAUGGACGACCAAACCUUCGAGCCGGGAAUCCCCAACCUGUCACGCCUCCGACUCGCUGUCAACUACAAUCAGAAGCAGUUUGUGACCCACCCCAUCUGCCAGCAAGUGCUGUCCUCCAUUUGGUGUGGCAACCUGUCGUGGUGGAGGGGCAGCAAGACGGCGUGGAAACUGCUGGUCUCCCUGGCCAUCUUCCUCACCAUGCCCUUCCUCUGCCUCGUCUAUUGGGUCGCCCCCAAAUCCAAGCUUGGGAAGACUAUGAAGAUCCCUGUGAUAAAGUUCCUGCUGCAUUCUGCGUCCUACAUGUGGUUCCUCAUCACACUGCUGGGAGAGUCCAUCUUCAUGGAGAUCUUUCGCCUCGACUUCGCUUCCCGCAAGCAGAACUUCCUGCACAACUCGAUGCACAUGGUCUGGGUAGUUGGUUUCUUCUGGUUUGAAUGCAAGGAGGUCUGGAUCGAAGGCCUCAGAAGCUACUUCCUGGAUUGGUGGAACAUUCUAGACAUGAUGGUGCUCAGCAUGUACCUGGCCUCCUUCGCCCUGCGCGUCCUCAUCAUGCUGAAGGGCUACUUUGUGUGCCAGGACCCCAACGCAGCAGAGGAAUGCGUUUACUUCACGGACUCAGUGAGGAAGGACUGGCGACAGGAGGACCCCCAGUUCAUCUCUGAGAUCCUGUUUGCUGUGACCAGCAUGCUGAGCUUCACCCGGCUGGCCUACAUCCUGCCUGCCCACGAGUCCCUGGGAACACUGCAGAUCUCCAUCGGCAAGAUGAUUGAUGACAUGAUGAGGUUUAUGUUCUUGCUCAUGAUCAUUGGGACUGCAUUCCUCUGUGGGUUGAACAACAUAUAUGUGCCUUAUGUCAUAUCACCAAACCUGGGAAAGUUUAAUGAAACAAUCAACUUCCUAUUCUGGACCAUGUUUGGAGUAGCCAACCAAGACUAUGUGGACAUGCCCAGUUACAUGCUCGCUGAAUUUGUGGGGAGGAUUCUGUAUGGGAUCUUCACUUUGGUCAUAGUCAUUGUGCUUCUCAAUAUGCUAAUUGCUAUGAUCACCAACUCCUUUCAGAAGAUUGAGGACGACGCUGAUGUUGAAUGGAAAUUUGCUCGCUCCAAACUCUACCUGAGCUACUUCAGAGAGGGCCUCACCAUGCCCGUCCCUUUCAACAUCAUCCCAUCACCCAAAGCACUCUUCUACGUUGUCAGGGGCACCUUUCGAAAGCUUUGCUGCUGUUGCAACAAGAAAGAUCCAGAAUAUCCUCCAAUUGCAUCAAUGUCUAACAGCACCCUGAACAACAAUGGGGAACAAGGGGAGAACCGGUUGCCAUAUCGACUACAGGUCAUGAAGGCCCUCGUCCAGCGCUACAUUGAGGCAGCGCGGCGCGAGUUUGAGGAAACCAAGCGCAAAGACGUGGGCAACAGGAUCACGGAGCUGGGCAAGGUGGUGACGCGGGUGCACGCGGAGAUGAAGGACCUCCACCAGAGCAUGGUGACGCGCCUGGACAGCCAGGACCCCAGUAAGGCCAAGAUGGACAGCAGCGACAUCCUCAGCCGCUACAUCACCGGGGCCAAGAACAACUUCCGGGGCUUCGACAACAAGCUGGCGUGGCAGGGCAGCGCCUCGCCCCUGGAGGUGGCCGUGCACAUAGAGGACGAGAGGGAGCAGGAGGAGGAGCAGAGGACAGCGGAGGGAGAGGCAACAAGGCAGGAGGUGAAGGAUGAAGGGAACGCAGAAAGGGAUAAGACUGGUGAAGCAUUGGAAGAAGGAAAGAAGGAGGACGGUUUGAAAGAGGAGAAGGCCCAGGGUAGCUCAAAAAUGGAAGUGAAGAACAUAGAAGGAACAUCAAAGACAGAGGAGGAGACAGGAGAAGGGUCAAAGGUGGAGAAGAAGACCACAGAAGAAGAACCCAAACAGGAAACGUCCAAUGUUCAAGGGACAACGGAGCCAAAAGCGCCAGAUGGAGGAACAACCGAAAAGAAGGCAGGGGGAGGAGGAGAGGCGGAAGAGGGGAGGAUGGCAGAUGAGAACAAAAAGAAGAGAGGAGAAAAUGGCGCCAUCACUCCUACAGGAGGCAAGAAGCUGCUGAACUCCGGCUUCCCGAAGGGAUCUCCAAACGGCAACAGUCCAUCCCACAGUACUCAGGAGAGCUCCGCCGCGAAGAAAACAGAGAACAGAAACGCUAAUGGGACCUUAGGGGCAAAGAUCAGCGCUAAGUAACUGUGUGCAUUUCAUUUUCCAUUUCAGUCACUUCAGGGUAGAAAGAAACACUGCAGAGAAAAAAAAACUAAGUAGUGUGAAAUUACUAAGCAUGCUGAGAGCACUCAUUAAAACAGUACAUUACAAAAAAACUGCAUUUCUAGUUCGUUAUCUGAGAAUACUUUAGGGUUGUUUUUUUUGCCUGUGUACAUAUAAUACACGAGUCACAGCUUUUUCCUAGUUGCACACCAAGCCACAUCUCAUACAGUGUGCUCAACGACUCUCAAAUACAUCUUCUCCACUUUGCUGUUGAACUUGUCAGACUAUACAUGUCAUCUCUCUGUUGGGGGAGACGGUUCAUAGGGGUUAGGCCUUUUCAGCUCAAAAUCUUAGUUUCUUUGACAAUGUCAUUGAGUUCAGUAGGAGAGACACUUUAUGAAAUAUGAAUGUUUGACAAAAUACGGUUGGAGUGAUUUAAGAUUGAAAAAUCUGAUAGAAGAUUAUCUGUCAUUCAGGUCACAUAGUCAAAAAGCAGCAAGGACUUAUUUUUGGACCGUGGUACUUCAUCCCCAAAAGAAGUCCAGCUCCUUACAUAGCUCUUUCGACUACAGGCUGGAAGUCAUUUUACUGCUUUAAAGAGCUUUAACAGGUGACCAAGUACCGUGGAAGUAAUGUAGCUGAUUUAAGAGUGCCUGGACUUCACACAGGAGGCACAGGUGUUGAGGACUGCUUGUUGCUCAUCUUUGAGUUUGAGUACUGGAAUG